GUAGCACCCAGUUUGGUGCCAAUGGGCAAGAAGAAGAACAAACCUGAGGGACCAAUCAAGUCGCUGAAAGAUGCUGAACAAGUAGUUACUUCAGACUACUUUGGAGGAGAUACCCUGGAUGAACUGCUGUCUAAGCUUAUUAGGAGCGUGGAGGUUGCAAAAGCUUCAAGGGGAGGAUUGCCAGAAAAGAUAUGGAUGAAGCAACAAUUUUGUGUCGGGGUCAAUGAUGUGACAAGGGUCCUUGAGAGAAUGCCUGCUGGUGUUGCUUCGCAUUGUGGCUGUUCUAGUGAAGGAUCGACCCAUAAAGUUUUGCGGAGAGCACCUUUGGUGCCACUUCAGGCUGUCCUUAUAGCUGCUGAUUGCAAUCCCAAAUGGCUAACAAAACACAUACCAACCCUGGCAAGCACAAGGCAAGUUCCUGUAUUGUGCCUCAAGGACAACAAAGGAAGCUCACAGAGGGUAGGUCAAGUGGCGAAUGUCGGAACAGCGCUGGUCAUUGGAAUAAAGUCCAGAGACAGCAUAAUCAACAAGACCAUUGAUGAAGAGCUAAAGGGUAGUAAGAGGGUCGCUGAUGAACAGAAAAUUAGCUGCCACAUUCCCAGUCCCAGUCCCAGUCCCAGUCCCAGUCCAGUAGCAUGA